AUGAAUACACCAGGAUCUACUGGCAAGCAGGAAGAAGCUUGGACAGUUAUUUUUAUUACAAGGAUGGAGCAAGACUUCAGGACUGGGGCUAGGGAAGCCCAGUCCAACCCGGCCAGGGUGGAGGACAAAUCAUCCCCAGUGGAGACUGGUGCCCCAGAGCCCUGCACUCAGGGAGCUGAGUACAGCAGCCCCCAGGCUUCCCCUCAAUUAAACAUCCCAGCACCUGCAGAAAUGCGCUUCUCCUUUUGGAGGAGAGGAAAGAGCCUGGUCUGGCAAAAAGGAGGCGGCCCCGGCCAGAGGUCCAGAAAAGAUCUGCAGGCCGGGCAGUCCUGCUGCCCGUGCCUAUGGAAAGGCCUCUGGUUCCUGGGGAAGAAAAACAAGGACCAGGAAAACCUUCCUGAGGGGGACCUGCUGCCUCCCACGCCAAAGAAGACCUGGUGGCCAUGGGGUACAAGAAGGGGAGGGCAGCAUGACCCCAAGGCAGGCCCUCCAGCCAGGUGGCUCUGGCGCUUCUGGAGGAAGAAUGCCGUCCAUCCACAGGUCCCGGAGGCUGAGGAACUUGAGCCAGUCCCAACCCUUGGCUCUGCCUUAUCAGCUGUCUUCAUAAUCGGCAGCUCCCCAGAGACAUCAUACACCAGCUGGACCAGCCAGCCAGGGGAGACCACAAAGAAAAAUCCAGAAGAGCUAGGCCAGAUGUCACAACUGGAUAUCCAGCAUUUGAUAAAAACCUUGAUAACACUGGCAGCAGAGAGAGGUGGGGACAAUGAAGAGGCUGUGAACCAGGAAGAGGAUGCUAUUACUGGAGUCAAAGGCAGAGGGCCGGAAAAGACUGCAAGGGACCAUCACAUCCUUGUCAUGUCCCCUCCAAUUAGACUCUGGGGACAAAAAGGGGAAGGACUAUAAUACUACCAGUAUUUAUAACCUUGUGCCUGGAACUGGCCUCUAAAAUCAGGAACUGUCCCUACCAAUCCUGGACUUAUGG